AUGGAGGUCUUUCGCGACUAUGUAGUCGCGGAGGCUAUGAAACACACUUACCUAAUGGACAUCGUCCUCGCAUUUACGUCCCUGCACAGCGCGAGCAAAGCAACAGAGGCCAGCAGUUCACAUGAGCAUCUUGCGGCCGCUCUCCACUACCAGAACCAGAGCAUAGCCGAGUUCAACGAAACAAAGUCGCUCGUUAAACUAUCGGAAGAGAACCUCGAUCCUGUUUGCCUUAUGACUGCUCUCCACGCAGUAACCGCACUGGUGGCCUCUCUGACACCCGCGACUCCACGUGAGCAGUUGGAACCAAUAGCCGGAAUAAUGAUGCGCAUCAGGGAGUACAUGCUAUGCUUGAAUAACAUGAUCAUUGAACAUCGCGUCUGGGCUGAUAACAGCAAACUUAAACGAAUCCUCGACAGUCCUACUGUACUAAGAAUCGAAGAUGACAGUGGGUUCUCGGCGAACAAGAUGCGAGAGUUGACCGAUGCUAUACUAGCAAAUAUGGAUCUUGACGAUAGUGCGACGCCAUUCUUCCAUAGUAUACUGGAGAAGCUGGAGAAGUCAUACGCUGAUAACAACGGGCGUUCGGUCAUCUCUUGGUUGCUUCCCUUCACGGUAUUCCUCACACACUCCCCUAAAUCUCAAGCAUUAUCUACGACCACAAUGGUAGACAGCGUUCCAUCUCUCUACCCAUACCUCCCUUCAGAGCCCGCGGCCAUCGUCAGUGGAGUGAUUUUUUCAGUCCUACUUUUGAUACACUGGGUAAAGUUGUUCAAGACCAAGACAUGGUUCGCUGUGCCCCUCGUCAUCGGCGCCGUCUUUGAGUCUUUAGGCUACGCAGCCCGUGCAUACGGCCACUCGCACCCCUCCUCAAAGAACGCGUACAUCGUCCAAACCAUGCUCGUCCUGCUCGCACCCAUACUCUUUACAGCAACAAUCUACAUGUUCAUUGGCCGCCUGAUCCUCGCAUCGGGACACAACAAAGCCUCCAUCAUCAGGCCGACGUGGCUGACAAAGAUCUUUCUCGGUGGCGAUAUAUUGUGUUUUUUGGCGCAAGCGGCAGGCGCUAGUUUUCUGGUGAAGACUGAUGCUUCGCAGUCGACAAAGAAUCUGAGCAAGUACACCAUACUUGCUGGUUUGGUCGUACAGCUCAUCGUGUUUGGGUUCUUCUUGGUUGUUGCCACUAUUUUCCACCUCAGAGCCAGGAAGGCUGAGAGGUUGGAAGUUGGAACAGUUGAGAUGUUGAACUGGCAGGAGUACAUGGUCACACUGUACAUUGUUAGUGGACUGGUAACAGUACGAAACAUAUUCCGCGCUGCUGAGUACGUCACGGGUGACCAGGGAUAUCUCUUGACACACGAAUGGCCGAUAUACAUCUUCGAUGCACUACUCAUGGCUGCUGCACUCGCGAGUUGCACGUCCUGGUAUGUUGGUGACAUCGUACCGGAAGCCUUCAAUGGCGAUGAAGAAGAUAGCGGUGUGACAGCGAUUGCCAUGUUUGCUCUCAACAUAGCAACCGCGAUGGGUAAAAACACCCCUCUGAUUCAAACAACCGCCUCCCGAAAACCCGAGUAG